CUCUGUCACACACGAUCCACAUCUGCCGUGUCUCCACCAAGACUUCAGACACAACAGCAGAUAAUUGUCACGUAAUGGGUGAUGGGUGACCACGUUCAGGAUGAUCCACGAGACCGCGGCGGUGGGCGUGAGAAGCGCAAGCAAGCUGCAGCACAGCAAACACCACCAUCGUCCAAGCUGGAACAUGCCAAGACACUUCCUCCAACCUUGCCUCGCGUGCAACUGCGAACUGUUGCUGGGCUGCAUGAGCUGUGCAAGGCGGAGACGAUGGUUGGAACAGACAGUGAGGGUUGCGAUGUGUGGCUGGGAUCCAGAACAUGCGAUCCAAGGCAUGCUGUCAUCUACUUUGACACCAACAAGCGGUCCUUCCUCGUCAAAGACCUCAAGUCACGCGUCGGCACCUUUGUGAACGACGUCAAGGUGCGAGCACCAGUUGAGCUGCGCGACAAAGACGUGAUUCGCUUCGGCACCGACCCAAAGACACAUCGGGUUGAAAUGCUCCAUGACAAAGAAGACCUCGUGUAUGACAAGCGCACUCGCUCCUAUGUCGAAGCAAGCCACCUCAAGCGGCCAGCGCGAUCAACUAGCCACCGCCGCCGCCACCGUUCGCCGUCGCAUGAGCAGCGCUCAGCUGUUGUCUCCAUCCGGCAAACCAUCCAGAGCCCAGCCAAGCACGGCAGGGGCAACGAAACGCUGGAGAUGCAGUAUGUUGUUGAUCCACGCUCAUCAUCGUGGUUGGAGCAGAGCAUUGCCAACCUGCAAGACAGUCUUGAAUUUCGAAAUGCAAACGCAAACCGAAACCGAAAUCGAAACCGUGACGCCCUGCGCAGACCAGACGUGCGCCAGCUGCGGAGCGAGUAUGACGCUGCAACAGCAAACGACCAGCCAUCCCCACCAACGCGUGCACCGCGCGCGCGUGUGGACCUGUUCAAACCAAGCGAGGCCGCCGUUGCUGCUCUUCCCGUCACGGGCGGCCCACAACAUGGCAUGGACCAGCUGCACGACCCACGCGACACACGGCAUCGCCAUGGGGCAGCACGGGCGCGUGAACACCAUGAUGAUGCCCGAGGACGAGCAUCCCCGCUGUCACGGUCGCCGUCACCGGGCGCCCCGGCCAAUGCGAGCGAUGGCAGACGUGUGCACCCACCGUCAUCCAGCCACCGCCACCACCACCGCCACCGCCACCGCCGCCACCGCGCAGACAGCGGGGACGAACGUCGUGUCGACGAUGGCUGGAUGUCUCCGCCACCGAUUGCACACGAUCACACACGCGCACGCCGACCGCAGUCCCGGCGAUCAUCACGCGGGAGCAACGGCGGUGUGGAUGCACACCGCGACCACAAUAACCCCGGCCACGACGCUUAUGACGCUUACGACGACGACCACGACCGCCAACGGCGUCGUCGGCGGCACCAGCGGCGGUCGCGUGUGCGGGACGUGUCAGAUACGGAGCACAGUGACAUCGACAGCAGCGAUGAGCGCCAUCGCCAUCGAGACGAGCGCUACCUCGAAGGAAACGGCACGCCACCACGGCGCCGACAACCGCGCCCACCAUCCCCCGUGGCUGCCGGAGCAGCAGCGCACCGCCCACAGCCGCCAGCAGGGCACAGGCCACAGUCCGGGUUUCGGCGGCGCAGCAGUGCACGCGUUGGCCGACGUGGCAGUGGUGUAGACCAUGAGGCACCAAUUGACAACACCCCGCGGCAGGAACGCGCGCCAACACGCGGAAUUGCGUUCAACAUUGCGCUGGAUGACAAUGACGACGCUCGUGGCGGUGCUGGUGCUGGUGGUGGCGGUGCGAAGCAGCAUCGGAAUUGCCGCGAUGAUGGGGGAUCGAAUCCAAACAAGCGCUUGGACCAACUGCGCACACUGGCAAGCAAAGGCGACGUGCUUGAGUUCAAGGUCGCCAAAACCGUCCACGAACUUAAGGGUCUGCAUGAGCAACUGAGCCUGACACUCCCGAAGCAGCUGCUGCACACCCUAUCUGCUCUCGACCACGUUGAUGUGACACAGCAGUUGCACGCAUCCACUGCCCGACAAACAGCAGCGCAGAAUGCGUCUGAGGACACGCUUCUUGAUCUGAUUCAGGACGUGGUUUCGCGCGUGACCUCGUGCUCCAGCGCCGUCAACGCCGCCUUCCCCUCGCUCAAGCGUGGUGUUGAGGAGUUUGUUGGACGCCAGGAAACGCAGCACAAGCAGGCACACGCCCAAUCCGACCAACUGCGCGCACAGCUUCGUCGUGCAGAGGACGAGUUGAAGGAUUUGCAGGCACAGUUGGACGAAGAAGUCACAGCUAAACGGGAGGCGCACACAAAGGCACGCACAGCAACAAGGCAGCUGGACAAGAUCCAGCAUCAGCUGCAAUCUGUGGAAGCAGCAAGUGACCACGAACGCCAACAGCUUCUGGACGCCCAGGAUGUCCUCAAGGCGGAGAUUGAGGAUUUGAAACGGCAUUUGAGCGAUGCGCGACGAAAGCUCGAUGCACAGACACAGCUCACGUACCAGUACUCGGAGCAGCUGCAAGCGUUGCGGUCACAGGAGGAGGGAAGCGAGCGAAGCACUCGCGCCUUGCAUGCACAACAAGACAUGUGUCGACAGUUGGAGCAGCAGCUGCAGGAUGCGCAGCAGCAACUCGCUGACAAAGCCCGCGCUGGAGAGGCUCGACAACAGGAGCUUGAGGACGAGCUGGAGAGAUUGCGAAACGAGCGCAAGCAGCAGCAGGACCGCAUCCGUGCGUUGGAAGGGCAGCUGUCAGAUGGAGUGCAUGGCGAAGGUGCAACCCGAGAGGAGCACGCCAGCUCUUUCCGCACAAGCAGUCAUACAGCGGAAUUGGAACAGCAACAGCAGCGCAUCGCCCAGUUGGAGGCGACGAACGCGGGCUUACAGCAAGCGCUGGCUGCGUUGGGCCAGCAGGGCGACGUAGCUGCAGAGCUGGCACAGCUGCGAGCAGAGAACCAGCGCUUGCGCGACAAAGCUCAGGCGGGCGCCCAAGUGCAGACUAUGGAUACCGCCGACACCCAACACACACCCACGUCCGCCGAGGACGUGCGCGCCCUGAGCAACGAGCUGUCGGCUGCAUGUGCGGCGCACGCGACAUUAGAGGAGCAGAUGCGGUCCCAAGAAGAACACUGGCGAGCAGAAGUGAAUGGCCUGAAUGCAGAGGUGCGCCGUCUUCAGCACGAACUGCAGCAACAGCAGCAGCAGCAGCGACAGCAGCAAGAGGAGGAGCAGCAGAGGGUGCAAGAGCUUGAAGACAGGGCCGCGCAGCAGGAAGCAGAGCUCACCGCCCAGGUCAAGGCGUUGCAGAAUCAGCUGCAGGAGAAGGAGGCAGCUUACAGACAACUUGAAACAGAGAACCAGCAACUGCUGUCUGAUUUGCACACGGCGGCAGAAUCCACGCAGCGACACAACAUCACACUGGACGGCAGCAUGGCCAACCACGCCAGCACCACCUCUGUGUUCGAUCACAAUCCCGACGAUGACACCAACAAUGUGAACGACGGUGCGGCAACGACGACCAUUGGGUCGCCAGUGCCGACAAUAACGCUGCCCACGAUCGACGCGCGAGCAGACGAGCGCCUUCGCGAGGAGCUGCAGGGCGCACGGGAGCAGCUGCUCGCAUGUGAGCAACAGCGCGAUGAGCUGUCUGCAGAGGUUGCGGCGCUCAAGUCGCACCUGGCCAGCAUGCGGGACGCGUGCGCGCAGGCCGAAAACGACAAGGCGGCGCUGCAACAGCAGCUGCGGCAGGCGCGCUCUGAGGCCCAGCGCUGCGUUGCUGAGGAGCAGUCGUCGGCCGCUGCUGCAGCUGUGGAGGAGGCACUUGCGCGCGCUCGCCAGGAGCACAAGGCAUCCCUUGCAGCUGUCCAAAGAGACUGUGACGCAAAGAUUGCACAUGCACAGCGCGAGGCAGAUGCUGCCGCUGCCAGUGCCAAGCAGGAGUGGCAGGAAGAGUGUGCACAGCUGCAGGCGAAGUUGGAGGCGCUGGAACAGGAGCGUGAGACACAGGCGGCAGCCAGCAGCACACAACACCAAGACCUUCAGGCAGCGCUGUCGGCUGCAGAGCACAGAAACCGCGAGCUGCAAGCGGCAGUGGAUGGUCACAAGCAACGCAUUGCAGCUCUUGAGACGGCGGUGCAAACAGAACAAGGCCGAGUGGUGGCAGCAGAGGAGGAGGCUGCCCGUGUGAGAGUUGUGGCGCAGGGCCUGGAAGACGCAGAGACACAGGCAAAGGAAGAGCUGUCGCUUGCGGUGCAGCAGCUCAAGGAACUGCUUCAGGAAGUGAAUGCAGGCGAUGCUGAUGGCGACACGGCACCACAGAGCAGGGAGGAGCAGGGCAGCGACACCCACGGCAGCAGCGACAGCAACAACGACUUCAGCAGCCGUGAAGCACGUGAUGAGACGAAGGCCAGCGCUGUCGGCGAUGAGGAUGGGGGUGAUCACAGCAACGGACCCGUUGGCCGUCGGAAGGCGGACGAGGCGCGAGCCGCAUCAGCUGCUCUGGGGAACAAGUCCGAUGGUGACGCCCUGUCUCGGUUGUUACAGAUGGCUGAAGACAGCGCAUCUCAGUCGUCGUGCGCGUGCGCGGAGACGCUGCGUUCGCUGAUUGCGGCGGCACGUGCGCGUGUUAUGGACCGCCUGCAGCAGCACAGUACUCGCGUUACACGUGUUGGCGCAGAGCUGAGGCGCGCGCGCACACAGCUGGAGCAGGCUCAGGCCACGGCCGCCAAGGCAGCAGACGCGCUUGAGGAGAAAGAGAAGGAGGUGGCGGGAGUGCGUGCGGCCCUGCAGCAGGAGCAGCUGCAACUGCAAGAGGCCAAGCGGCAGGCACAAGAUGCUGAACAGGCGGCUGCAGCUGCCAAGGAUGAGAUGAAGGCGCGAGUGGAUGCGAUCAGAGCUGAGCUUGAGCGGGAGAAAGAAGAGGCACAGAGGGCAGCGGCGGACGAAUUUGUGGAAGAGAAGAAGCGCGGCGAUGCGGCGUGUGAAGAGCUGCAACAGCUCAAACAGGCGCAUGCUGCCCAGGCCGAACGCCUGGAGGCGCGCAUUGCAGAUGCGCAGCUGCUUGUGCAACAACGCGAUGCCGAGUUGAGGCAGCUUGCCAGUGACAAGGGCAGGCUGCAGACGAAGAUUGUGGAGACGUCCAAGGUAUCCACGCAGCUCCGAGAGCAACUGGCACAGCAGACCUCGCUGGUGGCGACGCUUCAGUCUGAGAAGGAGCAAGCGGAAGCCAACUUGGAAAAGGCGCUUGAGGAUGUCAGCAGCUUGGUUGCCGACAAGGCAGCGCUUGAAGCAGAGCUCUCACAAAUCAAGGAGGGCACCAUCUCUGCUCACCCGUACACCCGGAAAAGGAUUGAUACGUUGACGCAGCGCCUGGCAAAGGCAGACAAAGUGAUCCGGUCGUUGAAACAUCAACUCACAGAGCAGCAGAGCGAUAAGAGGCGGUGACAUUGUUGUCAAGCGCGCGGAUGGAAUGGAGGAUGGAAAGCCAAGGGUAGAUGGGUGUGUCUGUGUGCCUGUGGGCAGGGACGCGCGACACUUGCUUUGCGUUUAAGUGACACUUUUGUUAUGUUACAGUGCUGUGUUAGUUGAGUUCAUUAGAAUCGAUAGGCCUUUGGAUGUAUGAG